CCUUGCUCCUUUCUGACAUGUUUCUGUCUUGUGGUAAAGUUUUCUUUAGGCGCUGCGUCGCUAGAAGUAAGCAUGUGAUUGGACGCUCUCCACCGGGAGCGGGUGCGUCAUAUAUAGGCACACACACGCUAGACGGGCGCACACAUAGAGGCAGCAGCACGAAGAGAGCUUUUCUCCAUCUGAAAAUGGCCCAGUCUACUCUUAACAGCAUGCGCGAAGCCUCGACCGGAACCCUGGUCGUCAAAAAUCACCUGAAUUUCUGGGGAGGAAAACGGGUCAAACCCAGACAAGAGGCGAACGCGGAACCUGUGUUUGAACCUGCAACUGGCCGUGUCUUGUGUCAGAUGUAUCCCUGCGGUGCCGAGGAAGUGGACGAGGCCAUAAAGAGCGCCCACUCUGCCUAUCUGAAGUGGAGCAAGCUGGCUGGCAUGGAGAGGGCUCGAGUGAUGCUGGAGGCCGCCCGCAUUAUCAGGGAAAGAAGAGAGAAUAUUGCAAAACUGGAAGUCAUAAACAAUGGCAAGUCCAUCUCUGAAGCACUUGUGGAUAUCGAUGUGUCGUGGCAGACCAUUGAAUACUAUGCAGGCCUGGCGGGUGCACUUGCAGGUCAGCACAUCCAGCUUCCUGGUGGAGCAUUUGCUUAUACCAGGAGAGAGCCCCUCGGUGUGUGUGCAGGGAUUGGUGCUUGGAACUACCCCUUCCAGAUCGCAACAUGGAAGUCAGCUCCUGCUCUGGCCUGUGGUAACGCCUUGGUCUUUAAGCCUUCUCCAAUGACCCCUGUGACUGCUGUGAUACUUGCUGAGAUCUACAAAGAAGCAGGUGUCCCCGACGGGCUCUUCAAUGUGGUGCAAGGUGGAGCAGAAACUGGCAGCUUGCUCUGCCACCAUCCAAUGGUGGCCAAAGUAACCUUCACUGGCAGCGUGCCAACAGGAAAGAAGGUUAUGGAGAUGUCUGCAAAGACUGUGAAGCAGGUGACUCUGGAGCUUGGAGGGAAAUCUCCCCUAAUCAUUUUCAAAGACUGUGAAUUUGAGAAUGCUGUGAAAGGAGCGCUUAUGGCAAACUUCCUCACACAAGGGCAGGUUUGCUGCAAUGGGACCAGAGUGUUCGUACAAAGGGACAUCAUGCCUCAGUUCAUUGAAGAGGUGGUGAGGAGGACCAAGGCCAUCCCGAUCGGUGACCCCCUGCUGGAGACCACCCGGAUGGGAGCACUGAUCAGCAAGCCACAGCUGGAGAAAGUGCUGGGAUACGUCAAAGAAGCCAAAAAGCAGGGUGCCAGAGUGCUUUGUGGUGGUGAACCCUAUGUCCCCAGUGAUCCCACAUUAAAAGGAGGCUACUUUAUGUCACCUUGUAUACUUGAUAACUGCACAGAUGACAUGACCUGUGUGAAGGAGGAGAUUUUUGGCCCAGUCAUGUCGAUCCUGCCUUUUGACACAGAGGAGGAAGUGAUCCGCAGGGCCAACAAUACCACCUUUGGCUUGGCCUCUGGAGUCUUUACCAGAGACAUUACUCGAGCCCACCGGGUGGCUGAGAACCUGGAGGCAGGAACCUGCUUUAUUAACAACUACAACAUUAGCCCUGUAGAAGUGCCUUUUGGAGGAUACAAGAUGUCAGGCUUUGGCAGAGAGAACGGCCAGGUAACACUUGAGUACUUCUCCCAGCUCAAGACUGUGAUUGUGGAGAUGGGAGAUGUUGAAAGUGUCUUCUAAACUCCCCUCUGGUUAACACCGCUUCACUAGAACGCGAAACUACUCCUUUCACUUGUGUGCUAUGCAGCAGAUCUGAACGGUCACAUGUAAUAUUAUCUUGCUUGCACUUACUAUUGUUGUAUUUUUUCGUGCAUGCUUAAAAAAAGUUGGUGGAUCUCUAUCAAACUGUUUCAAAGAGAGUGGACCAGCUGCACUUGUUACUAUCUUGCAGUUCUUGGUUGCAUUUUGAAAUUUGAGAUUUUAUUAAAAGAACAUGUGUUGUGUAUGUGGGACAAAGUGCUUUAGUUAAGUGCCUUAAGUUGAGACUGCAUUUGAAAGCGUUUGAGAAUCUGAAUUAACAUACUUUUGUACCAUUUGCUUUUCUGAAACGUUUCUUUUUGUAUCAAAAUAAAACGCAUUAGAUACAAA